CUAACAAAUCCCCCAGGUCCACCUCUAACGAUACAAAGAUAACCGAAAUGGAGGUUCCAGCUGAAAAGGCGCAGCAGCAUCAGGUUGCAUGCUUCAGCUGCCGUGCAUCGAGGCAGAAAUGCGAUCGCCAGGAUCCUUGCUCUCGCUGCGCUUCUCAUGAUCGCAUUUGUAAAUAUCCAGCUCGUUCGAACCGGGGUCGUAAGCAUGGUAGUACAAACAAACCAGAUAGUUUAGAAAAGCUCCUCGCUCGUAUCGAUGAAAGCGGUGCUCGAGAGGAAGUCCUUACAGCUCUUCUGGGACAAACUCUCCCCAGUCCAAAUACUACUGUUUCUAUAAGAGGAACCCCGUGGACACAUGGACAGGGGACUGAUUCAGCGCCUGAGCAUGGCCACGAUACUAGUCAAUCGUCACGCUCUGUCACUUAUCGACGUUCGGUCAGUUAUGAUGAGAGUGAUGAUGCGGAUGGAUUGGUAUCACCUAUAACUAUGGUCACCGCUGCUAUCUCGAUGAAUUCCUCUGAGGCUUGUGACAGACUUAGGUCUCAGAUGCCGAUGCAGCCGGGUAUGCGUGAAGCUAUCAUGGCACCGAUAAAAGAACGACUAGCCUUGUAUUUUGCUUCACAUAGAGCCCAGCAGAAAGACUGGGAGAUUCUAGCAACUCAAGCAGUUGACUCUCCCUUCAAGCUAGAGAGAGGCACUUGCGAUCCACUUGCUUCAAGGUUGAUCGACGAUAACGACGCUUCACUGUACUUCCAACUAUUCUUCCAGAUUCGCCAUCCUCUGAUCGGCCUUCUAGACGCCACAUUACAUACCCGCGAAUAUGUCUACGGAUGCUCAUUCACCUUGUUCUCUGUCAUCUGCGCUCUCGGGUGUGCUGUUUCAGCGCGUCCCCGUGAUCGAGCUAUCUAUCCAGUUCUGUCAUCCUUAGCCAGCGGUAAUAUCAGAUGGUGUAUCGCCGCGUCGGUGAAAUCCCUUUCAACCAUCCAAGCCAUCAUCACUUUCCAUUACUGGGCUCCCCUCGCCCCAAGGCAAGCAGAUGAUCCGUACUGGCUAUCACUAAGCCAUGCUGUUCAGCUGGCCAAGGAGAUGGGUAUUAACAGAUCAGACAUUGUGAAAGAAUACGUCAACGCAGAAUUUCCAAAUGCUUCACCAGAGUUGACCGAGAGAUACACCAGAAACUACGAAAGAACAUGGCUGUACACUUUUAUCGCAGAUAAAGGCUUUGGAGCCUUGAAUGGACGCUUGCAGUGUAUGAGCUGGAAGGCGGUACCUCGUACCGCAGUAGAUUGGUGGAAAUCACCUAUGGCAGAACCAACAGACCGUAUCAUCAGUGGAGUGAUUGAGAUUAGGGGGCUAUUGCUCCAAGCUAUGGAGAAACGGAGACAUAUAGUCUCGACGCCAGCUUCAAUCCUAGAAUGGCACAAAGAAGCUUGCGAUCGCCUGACCCGCGUCCGCAACGAACGCUGUCAACCCGAUGACCUGCCAUCUUCAAGAUGUCUCCCAAUACUGGCUUUUUACAUGGAUCAUAGUAUUCUGGUGUUCAACGCCCAGGCUUUACGAGAUUUGACUGCCUCUGAAGAGAGCGCAGCGGCAUCAGCACUUUUGAUCAUUCAGAGAAAAAACAUUGAAGUCGCCGGUCGUAUCUUUGACCAUUUAGUCACAGACAAAGUAAUGAACGACGUCUCAGUUGGUUUUCAGAAUAACCAGUUCAUUAUGAUCUGUCAUGCCAUGACCGAGAUACUACGGGCUGUAAAGAAAGGCGGCAUCACAGCAGAAGAAACUGCCGCCGCUGCAGAAAAAGUCAUCAGUGUUAUUCCAUUCUUUGACCGUGUGGUACAACACCUCCCCGCGACAUCGUCAGCACAUUUAUACUUUGAUCUUGCUCGUUUUUUUGCAUGCCAGAUUGACUCUCUAAUUGCGGCACCUGAUCCACAAGCUAUGCGAGAAACGAUUGAUCAAGGGAUGUUUACGGAUGAGUGGUUCAAAUCUGUGGAUUCGGGUGUGCCAGAUGUUGCGACGUUUAUAGAUAUGGGAUAUUUGGGGAUGGAUCAGUCAAUGAUGGAUGCAAAUGGAUUCUUCGAUUUUAAUGACUUCAAUGGGAUGGCAUAAAGGUUUGACGGCAUCGGUAUUGGGGGUCAGGCGUGGGUAUUUUGUGGUCAGCUAUACUAUAUCGAAUUGAAGGCACUUCAAAGUCCAAC